AUGUCUGCCGUCGACGCACUUGCUGACUCCGUGGCUGCGACCACUCUGACCGAUAAGCCCGACACCAACGGUGCUACCCCUUCUACCCAGGCUGCCGAUGCCGCGGCUGCCAGUGCAGAUGAGGGUCGUCGUCUUUACAUCGGGAACCUCGCAUACGCGACCACUGAGGAGGAGCUCAAGGAGUUCUUCAAGGCCUACACCAUCGAGACCACCUCGAUCCCGGUGAACCCCCGCACCAACCGUCCCGUUGGCUACGCAUUUGUGGAUAUUGCUACUGCUGCUGAAGCUUCUGCCGCUAUUGAGGCGCUCUCUGGCAAGGAGAUCCUUCAGCGCAAGGUGUCCGUGCAGCUUGCCCGCAAGCCCGAGCCCGCCGAGGCCAAGGAAGGUGCUGUCAGCGGCGGUGAGGGUGCCAGUGGCGCCGAGGGUCGCAAGCGUGCUGGUGGUCGCGGCCGUGGCCGUGGCCGUGCCCGCGGUCGUGGUGGCCGUACCGGUCGUAGCCGUGCUGCCCAGGAUGGCCAGGAAGCCACCGAGGCCCCUGCCGGUGAGGCCCGCGCCGCACGCCCCCAGAAGCAGCGCGGUCCUCCCGAGGAUGGAAUUCCCUCUAAGACUAAGGUCAUGGUCGCAAACCUGCCGUACGACUUGACUGAGGACAAGCUCAAGGAGAUCUUCGCUGCCUACGAGCCUGUCUCUGCCAAGGUUGCCUUGCGUCCGAUCCCCCGCUUCAUGAUUAAGAAGUUGCAAGCUCGCAACGAGCGCCGCAAGACCCGUGGCUUUGGCUUCGUCAACCUUGCCUCGGAGGAGCUCCAGGCCAAGGCCGUCAGCGAGAUGAACGGCAAGGACAUUGAUGGUCGCGUCAUCGCUGUGAAGGUCGCCAUUGACAGCCCCGGUAAGGAAGACGAAGAUAUCAACGCUGUGGCUGAGACCGAGGAGACUGCUCCUGCUUCUGCUCCUGCUCCUGCUGCUCCUGCUCAGGAGAACGCUGCUCCUGCCGUCACUACUCAGGCUUAA